GCCGACGAGGCGGAGGAGUCGCUGCUGGGGUUCCACGCCAAGGCCCGGCACUGCGCCAAGAGGGGCGGCAACGUCGGGGCCACCGGCACCCUCAGCUCCCGGAUGCACAACGGCUCCGCCGGGGAGACGCUCAGGAUACCCGUGCCUGUAGGUACCGUUGUGAGGCGCAAGAAAGGGUCUGUUCUUGCCGAUUUGGCUCAUCCUGGUGAUGAGGUGCUCGUCGCUAGGGGUGGACAGGGCGGGAUCAGCUUGAUCGAUGCGCCCGAUUACAAAAGAGGGAAAGCCAUGGCUUUAUCGCCUAAUGUCAUGCGUGAUGUUACUGAUAAGGUAUUAACGCAUGGCCAGCCUGGUGAGGAAAUAAGCUUGGAGUUAAUCUUAAGGGUGGUUGCAGAUGUUGGCCUUGUGGGACUUCCAAAUGCUGGAAAAUCAACACUUCUAUCAGCUAUAACGCUUGCACGACCAGACAUUGCUGAUUAUCCAUUCACUACAUUAAUGCCAAAUCUUGGCCGGCUUGGUGGAGAUCCCACUUUAGGGGCGUUGCAGUUUUCCUCUGGAGCAACAUUGGCAGAUUUGCCGGGUCUUAUUGAGGGCGCUCAUCUGGGCAAGGGUCUUGGUCGCAAUUUCUUGAGACAUUUGAGGAGAACGAGGGUAAUCGUCCACGUCGUUGAUGCUGCUGCUGAUGACCCUGUGAACAAUUAUAAGAUUGUCAGAGAAGAAUUAAGGAUGUAUAACCCCAAAUACCUGGAGCGGCCUUAUGUUGUGGUCCUGAACAAGAUUGAUCUUCCUAAGGCCCAAGAUAGGUUAUCUUCAUUGGCACUUGAAAUAUCUUCAGUAGGCUGUGGAGAAUGCCAUGACAAAAAUGCCAGCAAAGGAAAACUAAAUGAAAACUUCAACAGACACCAUACCUCAGAAGAUGAUGAUAAGGAACUUGGAGACUACCCAAGGCCUCAAGCUGUAAUUGGCGCAAGCGUACUGAGGCACAUCGGGAUCGACGAGAUGCUGAAGGAGAUAAGGACAGCCCUGGAAAAAUGCUCUGAUCACAUGUUACCAGGACCAUGAAUCUAAAAGCCUGCACGCUUGGAGCCCUUAGCAUCAGUCCAAAACCCAGAAACUAUCGAGCUUUUGAUCGAGUUGUUCUUCAACAGCAGCGGUUUGCGACACUGUUGGCAGUUCCUGGAGUACAAGACCACCACCAAUCUGAUUGUCCGAGUUGUUGACGCGGAGAGCUUGAGCGUCCGAGCACGAGCAGCUGCAACCAUCCACGCUGGCUGUGCCUAUUUGGCUCGUCACACUGCCAUAUAAAGGGAGAGAAAGAAACUAGCUGUAUGAAAUUCUGAAGAACUGAUGGGGACUCGUACUACCUACUGCUAGUAGCUACUAGUGGAACUCAUCAUUUGUAAUUAUUUCCGUCUGCUUUAUUAUUAGUAUUAGUAUAAUAUGACAAAGCUUUGGCCA